ACCACCACCACUCCACCAAAACCCUAGCGGGCGAGCGAGGGAGAGAGAGACCGCCCCGCCCGACCCCGCCGAUGGAGAGAUCCCGCCGCCUGCUGCUGGUGGCGGGCCUGCUCGCCGCGCUGCUCCCGGCGGCGGCGGCCGCCUUCGGGCAGCAGCCGGGGGCGCCGUGCGAGCCCACGCUGCUGGCGACGCAGGUGGCGCUCUUCUGCGCGCCCGACAUGCCCACCGCGCAGUGCUGCGAGCCCGUCGUCGCCGCCGUCGACCUCGGCGGCGGGGUCCCCUGCCUCUGCCGCGUCGCCGCGGAGCCGCAGCUCGUCAUGGCGGGCCUCAACGCCACCCACCUCCUCACGCUCUACAGCUCCUGCGGCGGCCUCCGUCCCGGCGGCGCCCACCUCGCCGCCGCCUGCGAAGGACUCGCUCCCCCGGCCGCCGUCGUCAGCAGCCCCCCGCCCCCGCCACCGUCGACCGCACCUCGCCGCAAGCAGCCAGCGCACGACGCACCACCGCCGCCGCCGUCGUCCCCGCCGCCGUCCCAGGAACACGACGGCGCCGCUCCCCACGCCAAGGCCGCCCCCGCCCAGGCGGCUACCUCCCCGCUCGCGCCCGCUGCUGCCAUCGCCCCGCCGCCCCAGGCGCCACACUCCGCCGCGCCCACGGCGUCAUCCAAGGCGGCCUUCUUCUUCGUCGCCACGGCCAUGCUCGGCCUCUACAUCAUCCUCUGAGUCGCCGACCCCGAGGCCAUGGUCCGUCCAGUUGCAGUAGAAUGCUCGUCGUCUUGUUCCGUUUCAUGCUUGUCGCCGUUCGAGGUUCGUUUCUGCAGUCCGAUUGAGAAGAAGACGGUGGGUUUUGAUCGCGUCCCGAGAUUUCUGUUGUCGAUCGUAGCGUCCUGGUAGUAGUAGUGUCUGGUAGCAGCAGUAUGUUCAUGUGUCCUCGGUCGCCUAGUUUUGGUCUCAAGUAGUAGUGUCUGUCCACCGUGUUUGCGUGGUCGCGGAGAACAUCAUUGGGUUUUGCGAUUCCUCUGGUCAGAUGAACCACUGCUAUGUGAUCGAUCGAUAUGAUCUGAAUGGAAUGGAUCAAGUUUUGCGUUCUGCUGAUGA